AUGUACGUGGAGGAACAGGCACUUGGGUACCAACUGCAAUGUCGAGCCUGUCAAGAUGGCAGUGAUAAUGCCCAGAUGGGUGGUGACUACUGUUAUGCCACAACCAACUACACAUUUUGGGAGAAGUGGGAAUUUUGGGAAACUCCAGCUAACAUUCCAAUUUUCUUCAAGUGUUGUGCUAUCACAUAUGAACUAUUUGACUUGAUCAUUGAAUUCCACCCUACAAGCACAUCUUCAGGAUUAUUGGAAAACAACAAAUAUGUACAAGAGAAUUGGAGUCAUGUGAAUACCUGCAAACUUUAUCAGACUUACACAGGCAUAUGUAUCUCUAUCAACAACAUGUUCAAGGCUGCCAACAAAGUGACAGUGGCAACCAAGCAAAAGGCCCAAAUCAGGAUGCUGAAGGGUGGGAUUUUGAGCGUAGUUAACAAGAGGAAUGAGAUUAUUGCAUGGGUAGGCCAUGAUUUCUAUGACUUUGGGACAGCUUCCUUACCACAAAUUAUAUGCCAGAGACUUUGUCAAAGCCAAUCAAACACAGAGAUAGAGGAACUGUUUGUAGGGCUUAAACAUCAUUACAAUGAGCUUGGUAUUGCUUUACCCGAGAUGGUCAUUGCUGACAAUUGCUGUCAUAUCCAUAGUGCUGUGCUCAGAGUGAUGCCAGAUGCACAGCUUGGCCUCAACGUGUUUCAUCCCAUUAUGCGGUACCUUGCAACUAUUGUUAAUGGUACAAAAAAUCCAUUUUGCACUGCAGUUGCGAGGGAGCUUAGCAACGCAAUAUACAAGACAAGAGCAAAUUAG